CUCGGCCCGUACCAAGUUUCCAGCCAUGCUGCAUACAGGACUCGGACCGUACCAAGUUUCCAGCCAUGCUGCAUACAGGACUCGGCCCGUACCAAGAUGCAAGUUUUUUUUUAUCUGCUAUCAAUAUUCCCCCGAUAGACCCAAAGAACUUGAAACGCCGGGAGGAAGAGAUUGGCUUAUCAAUAGAACAAUGCGCAGAGGAAUAUUGCGUGUCUCUCCAAGAAGACAUUAGAUCACUGAAAAACGACAAUGAAAUAAGAGUGCCGUUUGAUGGACCAUGGCAAAGAAGAGGCAGUGGUCGUGAUUAUAACAGUUUGUCGGGACACGCUACUUUACUUGGCGGGAAUAUAUCAAAAUGUAUUGUCUAUGGAGUACUAUCGCUGGACUGUAAAGCUGAUAUGUUGGCGGUGAUCUCAGCGGGAAAAUCUUUCCACCUUGUACUUGCACUUAGAUCAUACUGUGAUAUAAACAACACAGAGUUAUAUGUGCUGAAAAAAACUCUGAAUACCUAA